AUGGGGCCGAAAGCAAAGAAGGAAGCCCCUGCCCCUCCCAAAGUUGAAGCUGAAGCCAAAGCUCUGAAGGCCAAGAAAGCAGUGCUGAAAAGCGUCCACAGUCAUAGGAAAAAGAAGAUCCACACAUCACCUACCUUCCGUCGGACCAAGACACGGUGGCUCCGAAGACAACCCAAGUCUCCUCGGAAGAGCGCCCCCAGGAGAAACAAGCUUGACCACUGUGCCAUCAUCAAGUUCCCCCUGAGCACGGAAUCAGCCAUGAAGAAGACAGAAGACAAUAGCACACUUGUUUUCAUUGUGGCUGUCAAGGCCAAUAAGCACCAGGUAAAACAGGCUGAAAAGAAACUCUAUGACAUUGAUGUGGCCAAGGUCAACACCCUGACCAGGCCUGAUGGAGACAAGAAGGCAUAUGUUCAGUUGGCUUCUGACUAUGAUGCCUGGGAUAUUACCAACAAAAUUGCGAUCAUCUAAACUGAGCCCAGCUGCCUAAUUCUAAAUACAACUUUUCACUAUUAAAAAGAAAAAAAAAAAAAAGGUGGGCGUAGACAGCAUAAUGGUUAUGCAAAGAGACACUCACACUUGAGGCUCCAAAGUCCCAGGUUCAAUCCCACACACCACCAUAAGCCAGAGCUACACAGUGCUCUGGUAAAAAAAUAAGAUAUUACUACAACAACAAUUUUAAAAAGGGCAACAAAAGGGAAAAUAAAUAAAUAUAAAAAUAAUAAGAUAUUAAAAAAUUUAAAAAGAAAAGAAAACACAAACGAGAGAGAGACUUGCAGACCUGCCUAUGAAGCUUGCCCCUCUGCAAGCUGGGGACUUGAACCCACAUCCUUGCUCAUUGCGAUGUGUGCACUCAACCAGGUGCACCACCACCUGGCUUCUUUUUUUAUUUCCCAUUCAGAUAAAGAGACA